AUGUUCAAUCGACUCCUCUCCAAGGCCUCGCACCCUCCCGCCAGCGCACAAUACACCCCUGAUAGUUUCAAAGGCAAAAAACUCCCUCCUGGCCGUUCUGCUCCGCCUAUCGAUCACUGGGCUGCCGGGCCCGCUCACCACCGGUCAGAUUAUACCGGCUCUUCUUUGUCUGCUGCUGAUGGUGGGCCGCUACAUUCACAUCCUACCGGCUCCUAUCCUCGCGGAAGUGGCACAUCUGUCGGCUCCAAUACUUCGGCCCGUAGAGUCGGCGCCCUCGAAAACAACGUCAUGGCCAGCACCACGGACCGCAGUCGCCUGCGCCGAGAGCGAACCUUUGUCGGCAGUGAAUGCGCCGUCUGCGAGGAACCCCUCGAGCACACGCUGCAGGGCGAGCGCAUUCUCCAGUUCUCGUGUUCACACGUCUCACACGAAGCUUGCUUCUACGAGUUCAUCCGCGAAUUUGAAUCGCAGUACUGCCCAACAUGCGACUCGCCCCUACACCUCGAUACUAGCCGUGGCGGCAAUGUCAUCGACAUAAGUUCGUCCUCGACGCGCGCGAAUGAGUUGGUGCAAAGCGCUAACUCGCGAACAGACAAAAUCGGCAACAUGGUCCGCUCCGUGGGAAGCGACACUCGCUCUACCCAUACUCCCACACCCACAUGGGAUAGCCAGACCAUCAUGAGACCACCCAGCGUCGACAGUUCACAGCGCCGUCUCCCACAGCAACAGCAACCGCCGCAACAAUCACAACUACAACCUCAGUCCACCUUGCAACCGCCCACACCCGGCAGCGGCAGGGAGAAUGGUGCUCGUGGCAGCCUGCGCGACAGUCGUGAAAACCUCUCCGAGCGCUAUGGCCCCUCUAGACACACCCGCAGUGACAGCGACGUUACUGGAAUCACCGGUGUCACUUCAUCUGGCGGCUACCCGGAAACUACCCAAAGCGGCCCUCAAUGGCGCCAUGACUACGAUGUCCAGGCCAUGGAGACUUCCCCAGGAAGCCCCCAGCGCGCCAUUGCCCGCAACCCUAUUCCCGCUCCUAUGGUUACAGUCCGCUCCGAGUUUCCAACCAUCAGCCGGUCUCGCCAGCAGCAAACUCUCACCUGUCUCAUCACCAUCGAGGUCCCAGAUAACAAGUGGAGACCGGACCCCGAGGAUCUGGGUUCCAACAGCGUUGCUCGCCAGCCUUCUCUUGGCCGCAUCGACGACAUCGCUGCCUAUGUUGCCUCGCCUCCUCAGCCGGCACCGUCACCUGCGCCCAAAUUUUAUCCAUACGAGUCCCCGGCAGCUCUGGAGGAGGCUAGACAGAGCUUAAAUCGCCGCGUCGAGAGUUGGCAUGGUUUGGACUUUGAGAGGUUCGGACAACUUCGACUCUACGGUACUCUUAAUGUCGGCAAAGACAAGAAGUCAUGGCAAGAACUUGAGUGCUUCCUUUUUGGCGAGAUGCUCAUAUGUGUCAAGGAAAAAAAAGUAACUGCUGGCGCUCCUCAGCCUCAAUGGGAUGAGAGUGGCAACCUCCGCAAGACGAGCCGUGUUGCGCUCAAGGGCUCCAUCUUGAUCAAAAAGCACCUUCAGGAGGCCACAGAGACUGGCAACAUUGACGAAAACAUCCUCACUCUCAGCUUGUCGGUCAACGAAUUACCACAGUUCCACCUGCGCUUCUCAAACCGCAAUCAGCUCAAGCUGUGGAAUCAGGCUUUACUAGAUCUGAACGCCGUCGAGCCCUCUCCCAUCCGAAGCCCGGAAUUUGAGCGCGCCGACAUGUCAGAGACAGAUGAGGAGACGGAAUGGCAGCGCUCCAGACCCAAGCGAGUCUCGUCUACGACGUCAUCUUGGGGCCCCAAGUCUGUCACUACAGCACCAACCGAGUAUACCAACAACUUUGCAGCCAAGGUCAACCGCAUGUCGGCAUCUAUUCACGUCCCCAUCGAUGUCGUUGUAGUUGUUCCAAUCUCCUCAUCCAUGCAGGGCGUGAAGAUCAAUCUUGUUCGCGAUGCCCUCAAAUUCAUGGUCAAUACUCUGGGAGAGCGUGACCGCAUGGGCCUCGUCACCUUUGGCUCAGGAGGCGGCGGUGUUCCUAUUGUUGGUAUGACGACAAAGGCUUGGCCAGGUUGGGGCAGUAUCUUAGGCUCCAUCAAGCCUGUCGGUCAGAAGAGCCAUCGCGCUGAUGUGGUCGAGGGUGCCAACGUCGCCAUGGACUUGCUCAUGCAGCGCAAGCACAGCAACCCUCUUGCCACCAUAAUGCUCAUUAGUGAUGCUUCAACUUCAGACGCCGACUCGGUAGACUUUGUCAUCUCAAGAGCAGAGGCUGCCAAGAUCACGAUUCACACCUUUGGUCUAGGCAUGACUCACAAGCCCGACACGAUGAUCGAGCUCUCCACCAGAACAAAGGCCUCAUAUACAUAUGUCAAGGAUUGGAUGAUGCUUCGUGAAUGCCUUGCUGGCUGCUUGGGCUCCAUGCAGGCCUUGUCUCACCAGAACGUCAAGCUCAAGCUCAAGCUGCCUGAGGGCUCUCCAGCCAAAUUCCACAAGAUCAAUGGUGCGCUACAGACUACCAAGCGCGCAACGGGCCGCGAUGCCGAGGCUGCUCUAGGCGAUCUACGCUUCGGCGACAAGCGGGAUAUUCUUGUCCAGCUUAUCAUUGUUCCCGACACUGCAUCCCAGGAGCAGCUGCCUCAGGAUGCUUGGGACAACAUUGUCUCUGGGUUGGAGGCGCUCGGUGGCCCCGUGGACAAUGAUGGCGAGCGCACAGUGUCCGUCGAAGAGGUUCCCCUGAUUCAGGCUGACCUGAGCUGGGGCGACAUUCUGCGUGAAGGUAGCGUCACUCAGAUGCCGCGCCCGUCACUCCUCGCGAUUACUAUGCUGCCUUCCUCGGGCCAAAAGAAGUCUUGGGGCAACACGCCACCGAUCCCUCCUCACCCAAGCAUCGUCCAGCGUCGCAUGGAACUUCUCACUUCGGACAUGCUGUCUCGCGCUUUGACUCUGGUCAGCCGUGGACAGCACGACCGAGCCUUCACACUCCUAAAUGAGACGCGCUCUAUUCUGAAGGGCCUCGGCAAGGGCGGUCUACCUCCUGUGCCUCCCGCCAAGUCGACGCCUUCGACGCCUCACCCCGGCACCGAGGCUUCUCUAAACCUGUCUGUAUCGCCGGACCGCAAACGCAGCCCAUCACCGCCAACAUCUGCCACCUCAUCAGCAGGAAACGCCGGCGCACUUCCGUCUGCGCAGAUCCUCCGCUCGCGAUCUGGCGAGGGUCUCGCCCUGGGCACCGGCAUCGAUGCCACCACCGUAUCAGCGCUCGAUGCUGAGCUGGAGAGCAGCCUGGAGUGGAUCAACCACCCGGCUGUGUUUGGCCGCGACAGCCGCAAGGCUGUGCUGCAGGCCAUUGGUGUCAUCUCCUCGCAACGCGCAUUCACCUUCCGCAGUCCCAUUGAGAGUCUCUGGGCCAAUCGCGUGUCUGGUAUCAAGCGACUAGCUGACAAGAGCCGUGAGUGGCGCGAAGAAGGUGGCGGAGAGGGUGGCAUUAUGGAAGAAGCUUGA